ACUCACAACAAUUCGUUCGAAAGUUGUAGCGUAAAUGUCACUUUUUCAUGCGAAAAGUGGAAUGCAAAAUGACGGUUAUUUUAUACUGUAUCAACCACUGCUGCCACCAUGUUAGGUUACUGGCCCUGAAUGAGAAAUAAUUUAGCAGCAGAUUCAUAAUAUGCCUGAACACCAAUUGUGACCUUGCAAUUGAACUUCCUGGUUGUGCAGUGGUUUGGAACUCUAUUGUGGGGUGUAUAGGUGGGCCUUGGGCCUGCAGUGGGACCAGUGAUCAUGUGAGCUGUGAUCAACGACCAACCAAUCAGAUACGACAGGCGUACUAGGCAUUGGCUUUGCAUUGACCUUUGUUGAGCCACAGCACAUCACAGUUUUCAACUCCAUGCUUGGCAGGAGUAUGAUAUAGCUGCCAAGAUACUAGAGAUUUCCCACUUCAUUGUUUCUGGUGAGAAUAAAGCUGCCCACCCCAAAAUGUCUGCCCAGCAGCGUGCCAAACGCCAGAAAACAGAUGAGAGUGUGUCGUCACAGGACGAUUCGACCAGCCAAGUAUUUGCUGACCUGGAAAACUGGACACCGGACAGCCUCGACAAUUAUCUAAAAUCUAAUAGAAGGUUUACUCCUGAUGAGGCACAGUCGUUUAAAGAGUUACUCCAAGGCUUCCAGAAUCUGAAGAAACCUUGUGACGACGCCAGGACCAAAGUCCAUGUAGAUUCCCUAAAGGUAUUUAACGACCCAAUCCAUGGGCAAAUUGAGCUGCAUCCACUCUGCGUUCAGAUCAUCGACACUCCGCAGUUCCAGAGGUUGCGUUACAUCAAACAGAUGGGCUGUGGUUACUUGGUUUUCCCUGGUGCAGCACACAACAGAUUCGAGCAUUCAUUGGGUGUGUGUCACUUGGCAGGGGUAUUAUGCCGGACUCUGCGGGAAAGGCAGCCAGAGCUGAACAUCACAGAGAAAGACGUCCUUUGUGUUGAAAUUGCGGGUCUCUGCCAUGACUUGGGCCAUGGCCCAUUCCACGUGUUCGAUCAGCUCUUCAUUCCGGCUGUCAAGCCGAAAUCCAAGUGGACGCACGAGAAAGCCUCGGUGGACAUGUUUGACCAUCUGAUCGAAGCCAACCAACUGAUAGACGCCUUUGCCAAGUAUGGUUUAGACGCCCAAGACAUCAGUUUCAUCAAGGAGCAAAUUGUUGGGGCCGCAAACCACGUGGGUGAGAGGGAGAAAUUCAGUCGAAAACCUUGGCCGUACACAGGCCGUACCAAGGACAAGAGCUUCAUGUACGAGAUUGUCGCCAACAAGCGUAACGGAAUCGACGUGGACAAGUGGGACUACUUCCUGCGAGAUUGCCACAACCUGGGCUUCUCUAGCAGCUUUGACUGCCACCGAUUCAUGAAGUUCUGCCGAGUCAUUGAGGCGGACGGCAAGAAGCAGAUAUGCGCCAGGGAUAAGGUUGGUGGAAAGUUGUAUGACAUGUUCCACGCACGAAACCGCAUCUAUCGCAGCGCUUGCCAGCACAAGGUGAACAAGAUCACCGAAUGCAUGCUUGUUGAAGCAUUGGAAAAGGCAAACGAAGACUUCAAGGUCACAUUUAAGGAAGGGGGCAUGUUGAAAACGUUGAAGAUGUCGGAAGCAAUUGAUAACAUGGUGGCCUACACCAAUAUGACUGACGACAUCGUCCUUCAGAUCAUUCGAACCGUUGAUCCAGCCCUGGCUGAGUCCCGUCGCAUUCUGGAGAUGGUCCAGCGACGUCAGCUGUACAA